CAACUUCACCCACCGCGCAGAAGAACAGACGCACAAACAGACAGCCACCUGCCGCAGACAGCCUGCCCUCUUCCCAUCCCCACUCGCCGUCUCACGUUGACUGUCGAAGCGCGGGCGCCAUGGAUGCUGCGGCGUACACGCCUGAGGUGGUCAAGUCGUUGCAGAUUGCCAAGGUGUUCGACGACUCCACCAAGGUGAUCAAUGCCAUUGAUUUCUCCGACAACGGCGAGCAGCUCGUCACCUCCGGCAACGACAACGAAAUCCACGUCUACAAUGUUCUGGAAGCACAACGAACAAAGAAAGUGCCGUCGCAAAAAUACGGCUGCAGCCAUGUGCGCUUCACACACUCGUCCAUGUGCAUCCUGCACGCGUCAACACAAAAGAACAACGAUGUUCGCUACCUAUCUCUGCACGACUCAAAGUACCUUCGCUACUUCAAAGGACACACAGACCGGGUGACGAACAUUGAUAUGAACCCAACGACAGAUGCCUUUCUCACCACGUCAGACGACUGCACCAUGCGUCUGUGGGACUUGAGAUCAGACCACUGCCAGGGAUGUUUGAAGACGGACAAGCCUUCUGUCGCGUGCUUUGACAGCACGGGUCUGGUGAUGGCUGUUGGCGUGAACGGUUCAAGCAUCAACCUCUACGAUGCAAGGAAAUACGAAAAGGGGCCCUUUGCCAAGUUUGAGGUGAAAAACAGCCAGAACGCCGGGUCCUGGACAAAGCUGCAAGCUUCGCCGGACAGCCAGCACUUUGCGCUGACGACGGGUUAUGGGCUGUCAUUCAUGAUUGACGCGUUUUCGGGGGAGGAGGAGGCUGCGCUUGGCGACCGUGAGCUGGCGACAGCGGUGGAUUUGUCCGCAGACUUCACCCCGUGUGGGCGGUUCUUUGCGACGGCAGGCAAGGGCGGCGUGAUCGACAUCUGGAACAUUGCCGAGAAGAAGAAGGAGGCACACCUCACACGCCACCACGACGAUGUGUCGUGUGUUCGGUUCAACCCCAAGUACAUGAUGAUGGCGUCCACGUGCUCCAACCUCUGUCUCUGGCUCCCUUCCCCGUCUUGACAGCGUCACUUGCGGAUGCCUGCAAGAAUUUUUUUUUCUUUUCGCUUGUCGCUCUCGUCGCCAUGUACAUCGUAGUUUGAACAUACACCAUUCCGGCCAAGC